CAACUCCAUCAAAAAUCAUUUAAAUGAUGAGUCAACAGACACUCAACGACCGAACACACAUAACCAGCUACUUGAACGACUUGAACGUAUCGAGCGGCAUAUAUUCACAAUUUGUUUGCAAACAAAGCAAUGCUACUCCGUUGCCAUACACGAUUCGUUCGAAUGUAAACAAUCUCCAACUGUGUUAUUGCCGGCGCAAACGAUUCUGUGUUAUCGGGUGACAAGUUGUCGCUGCUACUUACUUCAUGGUUUCGUGUGUCAGUGUAUUGAUAUCGCAACUCGCACACAUGUAUGCGUAUUCAGCUCAAAGCAGAGACGUCAGUUGGUUUCCAGUGGAAGUGGUUUGCUGUGUACUUCCUCAUUGAAACCGCGAAGAAAAAUAGUUGAGUGUCAAACUUUUCAAAGCGUCAAAAUGUAUCAGCUGACUAUUGUUAUUUAGACGAACGUGGCUGAGCAUUGAACAAUAAAAUGUUUUUCAAAUCCAAUAAUAAAUUCAUUGGAUCAUCAAGUGUGGGAACACGCAAUUGGAAACUGGAACUAUGGACCAGCUGUCAAAAGACACUGUCAAAUCGACGUUGACACUUGUAAUUCCCACACAAUCAAUAGAGAUUGUGUUUUGAUGGACAAAUAGAAGUAUUUUCGCAUUUUUCUGCAUUCCAAAAGCACUAAAUCUACUGCCUCGUUUCCUGUUCAAAAAGAAGAACCAAGCAAUAAAAAAUGCCACGAUCGACGGGUAGACAAUUUGAAGAGCUGUAUUUAAAUUCGGAUUUAGCGGAUGUAUGGUUUUUGAUCGAUGGCGUGCGUAUUCCGUGUCACAAAUUGGUAUUAUCAGCCGGCAGUCCAUGGUUUAAGACGAUGUUCCAUGGAUCGUUACCCGAACAAGGUGACAUCGACUUGAGUGCUUCAGCUACACCGACUGAAUUCAAGGAAUUUCUACAAUUUUUCUAUUUGAGCGACGUAAAACUCACCGUAGCGAACAUCGGUGGCGUCUUUGAUCUGGUCAAAUGUUCAAUGGUCGAUGGCUUUUUCGUCGAGUGUGAAAAGUUUCUAAUCAAAAAUAUGACAAUCGAAAAUAUGUGUUGGGGUUAUCAACUGGCUGUACUAUACGAAGCAAAUGAAUUGCAUCGAUUUUGUGAGCGAGCAAUUUGUAUGAAUCCCAAAGCGAUCUUCGGAAGUGAAAGUUUUUUAAACGCACCGUACGAGUUGAUCCAUCAGAUUAUGUCAUUGAAUGAGUUACUUUGUGAUGAAAACGAUGCGAUCGAUGGUUGUAUAGCUUGGGCACAAGCAGCGUGUCGACGAAACCAGCUCAAUCCAAACCAUGCUGAAAACUUACGAAAUCAGCUCAAAGAAAUAGUCUAUCAAAUUCGAUUUGUGUCCAUAAAUAUCAAGGAUUUUGGGUCAUUGCUGCACAAAUAUCCGGAUUUAUUCACCAAAGAAGAGUCACAAGAGAUCAUUUUUGUGAUGAGCCAUAUAAAAGAACGAACCAAAUUCAAUCGCAAACCACGAAUAUUUCAAGUGCCUCCGGACGAUCAACGUUUGCUGUGCUGCAAUCGAUUUGUCAAACUUGAAUUGAAUGUAACCGAGGAAAGAUACUGGACUAAACGGUUGGAAUCGACGAUCUUCUCAUCAAAUCGACCGGUUUUGCUCAAAGGAUUCACAUAUGCCACGAGAUUCGGUCGUGUUCGAAUUACAAUCAGAGAAAAACAGGAAGAACGACACUUUUUACCACUUUUUGACAGCACACAAACAAUUCAACAUGAUGUGGAGCCGAUGCCACACGACAACACAUUGGUCAAAGCUAAAUUUCACACACCCAUCGUUAUCGAACCGGAUGUAAAGUACGAAAUUCAAUUAGAACUGGAACAAGCUACGGGAUACAAUCGAACUCUCUUGCUUGACAAAGUUUUACUCAAUCGCAACGGCAUUGUCAUUAAAUUCCAUCCGACAGAAGGUGAAGCCAGUGCAACACAUGGAGUUAUUCAUCGCAUGUAUUUUAGCAUUUUUGAUAAAUGGUCGUCUCAUACAGCAACAAUUUUCUUUAGGUCGAGUCGAAUCGGAAGCAAAAGACGAAUGUUUUUCAAAACUAUUCUGAUGGGUACAUUGACGUUUUUGGAUUGGUUGAACUUUUUCACCUCGUUGAUUUUGUAAUUUAUUGUUCGGUCGAUUUAACAAAUAUGAGGCAUUUCAGCUUGAAAAGCAUUAUUAAAAUUUGUCUAAAAAAUCAGGCGUUUUGAACGCAAUAUUGGAUUCACACACCAAUAACGGAUUUGUUAGGAGUUUCACAUUUUCAUAAGAGUUUUAAAGCAUUAUUUUCAUUUUAUCCAUCCAACUGUGAAUGAAUCUUCAUAAUAAUUACAGUCUGUCUAGUUAUAGACGAUAAGGGAUAUCUAAGUGAAAACACAAGAAUUUUCCAAAUUUCUCUUUCGAGAUAUUUUGAUUGAGCCUUCAG